AAGUUUGACACGAAGUGUUCCGAGAGCCUGUCCGCCAUAUUGUCAUGUCAAUUUUGUGACGGUGGUGGAUUCAUUGUGCAUUAUUUCAGCAGAUUAUUGUUGUAAAAUUGUGUUAAUUCCUUGCAGCUCACUGCAGUCACGGCGCAGGGUGCAUUGUUGCAUCCUCUGAACCAUGAGCUACCAGAUACCAUCGUCCCAGAGCCGCACGAUGUCUCACAGCAACUAUGCCGGCUCCGACGUGCCCAUGGCACCCAGCAAGGAACAACAGACCCUCAUGUGGCAGCAGAACUCCUACCUGGUUGAUUCUGGUAUCAAUUCCGGGGCUGCUACUCAGGUCCCAUCACUUACGGGGAAGGAAGAUGACGAAAUGGAGGGAGACCAACUCAUGUUUGAUCUGGACCAGGGCUUCGCUCAGGGUUUUACCCAGGAGCAGGUUGAUGAUAUGAACCAGCAGCUAUCCCAAACUCGGUCCCAGCGUGUCCGUGCUGCUAUGUUCCCUGAAACCCUGGAGGAAGGCAUUGAGAUCCCCUCUACUCAGCUGGACCCUGCCCAGCCAACUGCUGUGCAGCGCCUUGCUGAGCCCUCGCAGAUGCUCAAGCAUGCUGUGGUCAACCUCAUCAAUUAUCAGGAUGAUGCUGACUUAGCCACCAGGGCUAUACCAGAGUUGAUCAAGCUACUCAACGAUGAGGAUCAAGUGGUAGUCUCUCAGGCUGCCAUGAUGGUUCACCAGCUCUCCAAGAAGGAAGCUUCUCGCCAUGCCAUCAUGAACUCGCCUCAGAUGGUCGCUGCUUUAGUUCGCGCCAUUUCCAACAGCAAUGACCUCGAGACUACCAAGGGGGCUGUGGGAACCUUGCACAACUUGUCUCACCACCGUCAAGGUCUACUCGCCAUCUUCAAAAGUGGUGGUAUUCCCGCAUUGGUGAAGCUUCUAAGCUCACCAGUGGAGUCUGUACUCUUCUAUGCCAUCACGACUCUGCAUAACUUGCUCCUGCACCAGGAUGGUUCUAAGAUGGCGGUACGCCUCGCUGGAGGUCUCCAGAAAAUGGUAGCUUUGCUGCAGAGGAACAAUGUGAAGUUCUUGGCUAUUGUGACUGAUUGUCUGCAGAUCUUGGCCUAUGGAAACCAAGAGUCGAAGCUAAUCAUUCUUGCCUCUCAAGGCCCGAUCGAAUUGGUCCGUAUCAUGCGCUCUUACGACUACGAAAAGUUGCUGUGGACCACCUCUCGAGUUCUGAAGGUGCUGUCAGUUUGCUCCAGCAACAAGCCAGCUAUCGUCGAGGCUGGCGGUAUGCAAGCCUUGGCGAUGCACCUCGGCAACCCCAGUGGCCGUCUCGUGCAGAACUGCCUCUGGACUCUGAGGAACUUGUCCGAUGCAGCCACUAAGGAGGUGGAGGGCCUGGAAGCUCUGCUGCAGAGCCUCGUGCAAGUGCUGGCUUCCACUGACGUUAACAUCGUCACUUGUGCUGCCGGCAUCCUGUCCAACUUGACUUGCAACAACCAACGUAAUAAGGUGACAGUAUGCCAAGCCGGUGGCGUGGAUGCUUUGGUCCGCACGGUGGUGUCAGCCGGCGACCGCGAGGAGAUCACGGAGCCGGCUGUUUGUGCUCUACGCCAUCUCACCUCGCGCCACGUCGAGAGCGAGAUGGCACAGAACGCUGUGCGGCUGCACUAUGGAUUGCCUGUAAUAGUGAAGCUGCUGCAGCCGCCGUCUCGCUGGCCGCUGGUGAAGGCGGUGGUGGGCUUGGUGCGCAACCUGGCGCUGUGCCCCGCCAACUACGCGCCGCUGCGCGAGCACGGCGCCGUGCAUCAUCUUGUACGCCUGCUCAUGAGGGCUUUCAAUGAUACGCAGAGGCAACGCAGUUCAUCGGGCGGCGGCACGGCGGGCGGCGCGUACGCCGACGGAGUGCGCAUGGAGGAGAUCGUGGAGGGAGCCGUGGGAGCUCUGCAUAUCUUAGCGCGGGAGAGCGUCAACCGGCAGCUCAUACGCCAGCAGAACGUUAUACCCAUAUUCGUGCAGCUGCUCUUCAAUGAGAUUGAGAAUAUACAGCGCGUGGCAGCAGGAGUUCUCUGCGAGCUGGCCGUCGAGAAGGAAGGCGCCGAGAUGAUAGAAGCUGAAGGAGCCACGGCCCCGCUCACAGAGCUGCUGCACUCACGGAACGAAGGCGUCGCCACAUAUGCAGCAGCAGUACUAUUCCGCAUGUCCGAAGAUAAGCCUCAUGACUACAAGAAGAGACUCUCUAUGGAGUUAACUAACUCGCUGUUCCGCGAUGACCAUCAGAUGUGGCCCAACGAUCUGGCCAUGCAACCUGAUCUGCAGGAUAUGCUCGGACCAGAGCAGGGAUAUGAAGGCCUGUAUGGAACCCGACCGUCGUUUCACCAGCAAGGCUACGAUCAAAUACCGAUAGACUCAAUGCAGGGGUUAGAAAUAGGCAGCGGUUUCGGUAUGGACAUGGACAUCGGUGAGAACGAAGGAGCCGGCGCCGCGUCAGCUGACCUGGCCUUCCCUGAACCGCCUCAUGAUAAUAACAACGUCGCUGCUUGGUACGACACCGAUCUCUAGGCCAUACGCCUUUGUAGCUUAGCCAUGGAGAACUAAAUGACGAGCGGAGCUGCCAUAACGCCAAAUCUCCUAAGAAAGUAGUGCGCCAAAAUGCGGUUUUGGGGGGACGAGGAACGUUACUGUCUCCGCCCUUACACGCCUUCUUUGUAAUAGCAAAACUCGUUGACAGAUGUCUCAAAGAAACGAAUGCCUUGUUUUGGUCAAGCCAAUCUUACGAAUUUGACCUAGAAGCCUGCAUUAUGGCAUCUCCGCUCAUCUUUCUUUACUCUGUGAGCUAAACAUAUUGACAUAUUUUACGAGUUCAGUUCAAUUUAGUUUUAAGCCUAAUUACGUAGUGUGUUUUUAUUAGUGUUGUGUCACUCUGAAGUAGAAUUUAUGGGAUAUUCAAUAAAAUAGACAAUUCAGUAAUGUAUUCAGUAUACACAAUGUUUCAUGUAAUAAGCGUGUUCAUGAAUUGAUACUCGCGUAUAAUUUACCAGUGUUUAGUCGUAAAUAAGUUUCCAAGUUACACUAAGUUGGUCUUAGUCUAAUUUGGAGAUAUCUGACGACGUUUUCUUAUCAUGUCCAUGCAAUAUUAAAAAUUGACGCAACAACAAUGUUAUUAAAAUCUGUGAUGAAAGAGCAGCUAAUGCAAUACAAAGCUUGACGUUACCAAGCAGAAUUAUUACAAAAAAUUCGAGUUUAUUUACAUUGGUGCUAUAAAACAACAUGGUAAUGUUGAUUGCGAAAUUAUACACAUCAAAAUGUUUUACUUUAUACAUUUUUAUGUUCAACUGCAGCGUGAAAUGUCAGAUAAUUCGGUAAAUAUACCCUGCAUUGGUUAUAUCGUAGUUUUAUACGCGCACGUAUAAAAUGCGUUUAAUCGGAGAAUAGGGUACUCUACAGUAAGGUUAAGAUUUUUUAUAGGCUUUAAAAUCGUAUUUCUUAGUACUUGUAAUUGAAUUAGUAAUGCGCAUUUAAAGUAUUGAAAUUAUUUAAGAAUGAUCGAGUUUUUAAACUUUUUUUUAUUAUUAUUUUGUUACAAUUUUGUAUGAAUCAUUAUUUAAAUGAUGAAUAAGACUGUUUGAUUGAGUGAGUCAUGUAUUCGAAGUUAAUUUUAAUGUUUGACUGCCAUUUUUUUAUCCUGCCCUGCUGAACAAGGCCAAAUUUUAGGACUGUAGAACGGAUAUAGCCACACGUACGAUUUUUUAUUGUAGGCUAAGUUUAGUAUUUGUUGACGAGAAUGUGAUGUUCUCCGAAGUAGUAUAAGUAGUGAGAUUAAGAAUAACAAAAUUUUAUGUAUUCAAUUCACGUGGACUAAUAGCGAUACAUUUUCUUAUAUGAAUGGAUGCAUGUUUUUUAUUAUUUCAUAUUGUUUUAUGAGCGGUACUUAAGAUGAAGUACGUUAUGUUAUAGUUUUUACCAAUAAUAUCGGCUAUUUGCACUUCCUAUGAUGUACGGAACUAGAGACGCACUAAACCGUUAGAACAAUGUAUCUUAGAAUAAUGUAAUCAUUUAACGUAAGAUUUAUAAUAAUUUACUCGAUUGUCCACUUAGGAUCCUCGUAUAUAUUUUUUUCUAUUUCAUAUUUUAAUCGACUUUACCGAUGUUUUUAUAUCGACUCGACUAUGGAGACAUUCGUAAAGUGUCACAAUUCGUGUCCAUUCUGUAUGGAUGAUAAAAUAAAUUUAAUUAAAAUA